AUGGGAUCCCGCGUUCCGUUCCGAUCACGGCCUCGUGUUGGCUUCGCUGAUUUGGAUAGGCCUAAGCCUACAACAGUGUCUCUCCCCUGCGGAUCUCUCCUCGCCAUCUCGUGCGCCUCCCUUGGCCAUGUUGAAACAGACCUUGUGUCUCCUCACGUGGGGCUCGUGGAUUACACGGCCCAGGCCCAACUUGGCCCUGACCCCGUCAGGCGCAUUAACACAGGUCUUCAGGACAGUUUUGGGAAAGACGACAGUGACGCAUCAAAUUCCUCCUCGGUUUGUGAGACGCUUAAGGACUUGGAAGCCGUGAUUCGCAAGUUGGGUGAAGACACUGGUACCAGUGGUGGUACACCUCAUGAUACUGUGAUUCAAGCUGCUCUUGAUCAAUCUUCAAAAAUCCAGGAAUCCAAAAGUGGACAAAACGAAGAAAUAGAAGAUUUAGACCUGGAAUCAGAUGCUGAGGUGGACAAGAGAUCAAGCACCCAGGUGCAUGUAUCAGUGCUGGGAGAUAUGAUCUCCAAAGAACCCAAGGCAAAAAUUUCCUCAAACAGUUCCAGUGACACAAACCAGUCAAUGAAAAACGGUAACGGAGUGGCCCCAAAUACGACGACCAGCGCACCCCAGUCGGCCAGCAAUGGGGAUGCCGGGAUCAAGUCUGAAGUUGUGGAUGUCAAAGAUGAAAGUGAUGCCAGCAACGGUGUCCUCAAUGGAGGUGAAUGCUGUGAUAAUACUGUGAGUGGUGUGGUGACCCCUUCUUGUUGUGGAGUGACAAGAGCCUCCAGCAGUGCGAUUAGUACAAGUGCAAGUGGCAUGUGUGGAAGUGCUUCGGCUAGUGCUAUGGGCAAUUGUGUUGGGGACAAAGACGUGAAGCCGCAGCUCAUGGGAGGGGUUGAAGCAAAUGGUCCUCUUGGAACUCAGUCUCUGGAUCCAGCCUCAAUCUUUCCCUCUGAAAUGGGUGGCAGUGGAAAUGGAGGUUUGGCAACUUCCCAGUCACAGGUUGGCAUCUCGUCAGCUGACAACAGUGGAACAGAUACUUGCUUACCAAAGGAUGAACCCCCUGAGUUCAAAAACGAUCCAUCAGUGCCCUUGUCAGCAAUGUCCUCCCUUGCAGCGAGUUGUAGCAUGGCUGGAGCGGAUCCUCAUCAGGUGCAGCCCUCAAUGCCCCAGGGUCCACCAAUGUCCAUGGCAGGAGGACCCAACAUGAUGGGGGGUCCAAUGAGCAUGCCCAUGUCCAUGUCUGGUGCAAUGCCUAUGUCCCAGGGUCAGCCUGUCCCUGCCAAUUUGGGUGCCCACAAGCAGCCUAGUACCUUGGAAGCCCAGUACAUGCAGCAGCAGAGUCAGAUUUUUGUCUUCUCAACUCAGAUGGCCAACCAAGCAGCUGAGGCUGUCAUCAAGUGUCAGUUUAACUCCAUCAUUGCCUUCCACUGCUCACAGCCUGGUACCAAGAAGGUUCUUGACAAGUAUCCAUUAAAGGUGAACCAGUUCAGCAAGCAAAAUCCUGCUCAGUGGCUCAACAACUUGGUACAAAUGAAAGGGAAGGGAGGAAUGAAGAAUAUGCCCCCUUCCAUGCCAGGUCCCAUGGGACCCAGUGGUCCCAUGGGUCCUGGAGGUCCAAUGUAUGGUCCAGGUGGACCUGAUUUUAUGGCACCAGGUCCAAUGUCUGCACCUCAAUGGAAUCAGGGUUGUGGUGAUCCCAUGAUGCCCAUGUCAGGGAUGAUGCCUGUAGGUGGCAUGAUGGGUCCAAUGAGAGGACCUGGGCCAGGGCAGAUGAGUCCUAUGAUGGGACCUGGACCCAUGAGACCUCCUGGUCACAUGGGCCCUGGUGGUCUUCCAAACCAGAGGAUGGCGGGAGGACCAGGUGGCCCUGUUCCUAUGCCAGUGCAUGGACCUGGUCCAGGCCCAGGUGGUCCACAAGGUCCAAUGAUGGGUGUUCCCAGUCCCAACACCUCUAUGAUGGGCCCAGGUCCCAUGCAGCAACCAUCACUGUCCAGUGUGAAACUCCCAGAUGAAGUCCUGACCCCACAGCAGAGGCAGCACAGGGAAGAGCAGCUUGCAACCCUACGCAAGGUUCAGCAGAUGCUCUUCCCAGAACAGCAGCAAGGUGGACCACCACAUCAACAGCAACAAGGGCAUGGGAAUCAAGGUGUGGUAUCUCAGGUGCCCCUGCAACCUCAGCAGAUGCCUCCACAGCAGUCCCAGAGUGGAUCCCGUCCUCCCAGUGCACAACAGCCACAACCUGUAUCCACAUCAGGACCUGGAAUGAUGCCCUGCUCUGCAGCUCCAUCUGCAUGUGCCAUGCCGUCUUCCAUAUGCUCUGCUCUGUCUUCAGAGGCCAGUAUGCACAUGGGUGCUGGAAUGACGAUGACAUCGUGCUCAGCUGGCCAAGCAUCCAUGUCCAUGUCCAUGCAGCAAGGACCAAUGAUGUGCUCAGGUAACCCCAUGAUGAUGGGUCCAGGACCUCAGAUGCAGCCUAACAUGAUGUAUUGUGGUGGCCCAAACAUGAUGCCCCAGCAACGGAUGCCAAUGAUGAUGCCAAAUGGAGGCCAGACACCACCCAUGGGGAUGAUGGGACCUGGACCACCCCCACAUGCUUCAAUGGCUGCUCACAUGGAGUGGCAGAAGCUGCAACAGGAAUUCUAUGAGAAUCGACGGGGGAAGGGACCUGGACCACCACCUCCUCCUCAUUCCCAGAUGGGUACGCCCCACGGUGGGAGUGGGAGUGGAAAACAAGGACCUCCCCCCCCUUAUUCUCCUGGGGGUGGAGGUGUAGGACCUCCUGGUUCACGACAGGGUCAUCCAUCUCCUGCCACAAGUAACCCUGCCACUCCUAACCCUCUAACACCUAACCCUGCAGAGGGGAUGUUUGGAAGGACUCUGCAGACAUAUGCAGCCCAGCAGAAAAGUGGAGGGGCUCCAGGACCUGGGCCUGGAUCUGGACUGGGGCCUGGAGGCCCAGGGAGUGUCCAAACUCCACAAGGAAUGCAUUCUUCUCCUGCUGGAACUCCAAAGGAACCCAAUCUCAUGCCUGUGCCAUCCCCCCAGCAGAUCCAAUACCUCAAUGCCUUUGAGGGGCAAGAGCUCACCAUCCAGAAACAGCCCAACACUAGCCUACGAGACCCUGACAUCAUGUCUCCAUCGCUUCCUCCGUCCAGCCUGGAUUCGUCAAGUGCCGAGCAGACAGCAACAACAACAGGAGGACCCAUGCCACCAAGGCUAUCGGGUGGAACAGGCCCCAGCACGCCAGUAACUCCAUCAGCUCCCCAUCAGCCAGGAACUCCAAGUGGAGGGCCAAAAACCCCAGCUGGAGUGGGAUUCCCAAUACCUAGCCCCCAUUCAGGUCCACAGAUGAGUCCGGCUCCAGGAGAUCCUGCAGGCUCCAUGAUGGGUCCUGCUGGAAAUAGAUUCCCUACACCUCCACAGGGUCAGCCAGGAACUCCUGCAUCAUCACAGCCCAUGAAGAUGAACCCAUCUCCAUUCAGUAGCCCAAAACUUCCUCCGGGACCAAUGGAUCUACCCCUGAAUCCAGCAGAUCCAGGUCCACCUGUUGUGGGCAGCAAGGGUCCUUGUGGUGGAGGGAAAAUGCACUUUGAUCCGAUCUCGUCCAUGGCAGACAUGACUCAUCAACUCACAAGUGGUGCCACUGGUACACCCACAUCAACCAUGUGUUCUCAGAUGCCUCCUCAGGGUCCUGGCUGCAUGACAAGCAUGUCUGCAAUGAACUCAGCUCAGAUGGCCUGUUCCAAUGCCAAUCAAGCCCAGAUGGUCUCCUUUCAGACUAAUCUCCAGGCUCAACACAUGGGACCAGGCAUGAUGAUUCCUGGGCCUAAUGGGGGCAUGAUGAUGCCUGGGGGACCUCAAACAGUGAACAACACCUAUGUGAAUGCUACUAUGACCAUUCAACAGAUGAACAUUCAAAACAUGGGACCAGGACCUGGUCCUGGCCCAAAUGCAUUCAGCCCCAGCCCAAUGCAUCCAGGAAAUGGAUCACCAAAGAAUGCUGCAAUGGUGAUGGGUGCUCCAAGAGGUCACAUGGGACCAGGGCCUGGGAUGCAGCAGCGGAUGAUGGGACCCAGACCGGUCUAUACUCAGGGUGCCAAUAUUCAAGUGAAAGCCAGUGCACCCAACACAAUUCAGUACCUGCCAACACGUCCUCAGACCAUGAACAAUCAAGGACCCCGUGGUCCGCCAAGUUUAGACUUCUUGCAGCGUUUCACUUCCCCCAUGGGGAACAUGGAUCAAAAAGUGCCAACACACAAUCUCCAGUAUUUGCCCAAUUCGAGUCAGCCACCGCCAUCAAACAUGGGACCCCCCCAGGGGUCCCAUGGUCCCAACCAACCUAACAUGGGACCACCAAUGGGCCAAAUGGGUCCCAUGGGUAUGAAUGGUCCCAUGAUGGUACCUGGAGGUGGAGUGCCCCCCAACAUGAAUAUGGGUCCCAUGAACGUCAAUAUGGGUGGUCCUCGUCACAUGAUGAGGGGACCUGUACCUGGUCCUCCUCACAUGUAUCCGGGUGGUGGGAAUCCCAACCCAGGUGGGAGUGAUGGAAUGUUUGUACCUGGGAAUGGUCCUCCAAUGGGCCAGCCAAUGAUGUGUCCAAGUGGACCCAAUGGACAAAUGUUCAUGCCGAAAGGUUCUCCAAUGAACAUGAUGGGACAUGGAGGUGGUCCUGGACUGGGGCCAGGGCCUGGCAUGCCUCCCAGUGACUCAUCACAGCCAUUACCACCUUCAGGUGGUGGUUUCAAGAAUGCAGCCUUCAUGGGUCCGACUACAGCUGACCCCAAUUAUGCCCAGCAAUUCCACAACUUUCAGCAACAGCUGUAUGCAACCAACACCAGGAGUGGGCCAGGAGCCAAUCAAAUGCAAGGAGGGCCUGGUCCUGGUCACGGAGGCAUGCAGUGCCCUCCCCAGACUUCAUACUAUGGACCGAAGUGAAAAAUUACCACAUGCUUGCUUGUAGUAAUUUUUUUUUUUAUUGCUUCCUCUGGCAGCUACAGAAAAUCUUGAAGACACACCACCCUUCCAGUGCAAUAAUUUCCAAGUGGAAGAGUUCAAAAAUCCCCUCCCAUCCAUCAGCAUCAGUGCCAUGCUUUUGUUUUGUGACGGCUAUGCCACCCAGCGAAAAUAUAAAACCAACCUAUUUGCUCAGUUUUUUUUAUAUGCUAUGUCCCAUGUUUGAUGGAAGGUAUUUUUGAGUUUUUUCUUUUUCAAGGAGCUUAUGCACCUCGUUAUUGAAGAGCUUCUACCUCAACGAGAAAUGAAAAGGAAUAUGAGGAAGCAAUACCGACUCUCAUCGCCCAGAAAUCUCUCUUUGGAAAGAAUUCCUAAGGGCAUUUUUCCUCCUUUUACUUUUUUUCUGGAUUGUUUGCAGUUUUUUAAAAACUUUUUUGUCCUUUUUACCGGCAAAGAGUACUCAGAAAAAGUCUCUCGCACCUGUGAUAUUUUUGCUCCUGUUUGAAUGUCUUGUAUGUGACUCUCCUAUCGAGUUUCUCCUCGAUGAUGGGAUCUGCGCAAUCAAAAAUGCGUUGUACUUACUGAGGUUCGUGGAGAGAAUGGUGGCUCAUCUGAAUUUGAGAGACCGACAGAGAGGAUGAUAUUUUUUUCCCCAGCAUGAUUCUCAUGAUGUCAUGUGUGGUUUAUAGGAGAUGAAGGGAAUGGUGUUGAAUCCAGUAUUUAGACAGAGAUGAUGGAUCAUGAUCCGUGUACAAUAUUGGUUUUUUGCAAAUUGAGAAAUUUUACAAGGAGAAUGUGAACAAAGAUGAAUUUUCGCCCAACC